AUGAAGCGGCUUCCUUUCGCUUCGAUCAGUACUUUUGCUACUUUUACAGUUACGCAUGCUCUAGCAGAAGCUAUCGAGGAGGAGUGUUGGAGGGGCCCUGCGAUGAGACUCGGAGGCGUGGAGUAUUUUGAGACUCCUGACGAUGCAGCCGCAUGUCCUGAGGCACACGUCUACUUUCUAGGCUCCCAGCGCGAGGUACUUCUUUCCCAGCAGGUGAACAUCACAAACUCGUCUACCACUUGCUCUUCCAAGCUGUUGCAAGCCAUUUCCUUGCCGGCAGACCUUGGCGCCACCUACGCCAAGAUAACUUUCUUGUGCGGCAACGACGACGACCCCAGCUGCCAGAUGAUCCGGCUCCUGCCACCAGAUGCCUCACAUUCAGCUGCGACACUGCCUUUAGCAAUGACAAGAACAUGUCUCGAGUCGAGCAUCACGACGGCUGCCUCCUUACCAUCGGACGCUACCGGUACUGCAAGCGUUUCGUGGAACGGCACUUCACCCACGACCGUGGCCAGUCUUCCCACUU